UUUGGCCCGAAGCCCUCAGCCUGCAAUAAGCACCCUAAUCUGAAGAAGUGGUGUUCGUUUAUCGUUUGGUAUCAGCCACUUGAAGUUUCCCACUCAAUUCAUCUCUUUGCACCCAAACCCAUCUCUCUCUCUCUCUCUCUCUCUCUGAGUAAGCAACAAUGUUACCCACCACACUCUCUUCUCCUCACUCCACCAAUGUCACUCCCACUCCCUCUGUCUCUCCUCUCUCCCCUUUCUCUCCUUCUUCUUCUUCUUCCUUUCUUUCUCUCCCACCAUCUUCUUCUACCCUACGUCGUCGUCGUUGUCUCAACUCUUUAUGCGUCUUUGGCGACACCCAUUUGAGGAUAAGCCCAAAACCCAAGGGACUGAAGGUGGAGUGUUUGGUGAGUGAGCCUUUGAAGGUGAUGAUAUCAGGUGCACCAGCAUCGGGCAAAGGGACUCAGUGUGAGUUGAUAGUCCAGAAGUUUGGAUUGGUGCACAUAUCAACCGGGGAUCUUUUAAGAGCUGAAGUGUCUUCUGGGACAGAAAUUGGAAAUAAAGCAAAAGAAUUUAUGAAUGCUGGCCGUCUUGUUCCAGAUGAAAUAGUGACAGCUAUGGUCACAGCACGAUUAUCUCGUGAAGAUGCAGUAGAAAGAGGGUGGCUUCUAGAUGGUUAUCCAAGGAGUUUUGCUCAAGCUCAAAGUCUGGAAAAACUGAAAAUUAGGCCAGAUAUUUAUAUUGUAUUAGAUGUUCCUGAUGAAAUUCUAAUCAACAGAUGCAUUGGUAGAAGGCUAGACCCAGUUACAAGGAAGAUUUAUCACAUAAAGAAUUUCCCCCCAGAGACUGAAGAAAUUAAAGCUAGGCUUGUUAUUCGUCCUGAUGAUACUGAGGAAAAAGUGAAGUCACGUCUAGAAAUAUACAAGCAAAAUUCAGAAGCAAUCUCAGCCACUUACUUGAAAAUAAUGACCAAGAUUGAUGGAAACCGUCCAAAAGAAGAAAUUUUCAAAGAAAUAGAAUCUUUUCUUUUGCAAGUGCAGAAAGAUACAGAAAAGAUGGAGAAAUCAGGGAAUACACUACUUGAAAGUAAGAGCCAUAAGAUUCAGGCAUCUGCAAGCGAGGAUAACUGGAGAGGGAUUCCUACUAAAUUGAAUAACAUUCCUCACUCAAGCGAAAUUAGGGAAUAUUUUUAUAAAGACGUGCUAGAAGCAACACAAAGAGCCAUAAAUGAUGGAAGAACUCGACUAAAGGUGGAGAAUAAUAUUCCAGAGUUGAACCCAGAAAUGGAUGUUUAUCGAAUAGGUACUUUAAUGGAACUUGUUCGAGUUCUUGCUCUUUCAUUUGCUGAUGAUGGAAAACAAGUCAAGGUUUGUGUGCAAGGAUCUAUGGGGGAAGGUGCACUGGCGGGAAUGCCAUUGCAGCUUGCUGGUACUCGAAAGAUCCUAGAGUAUAUGGAUUGGGGUGAUUAUGGUGCGCUGGGGACUUUUAUCAAGAUUGGUUCUGUAGGUGCCAAAGAGGUUGAUGAGCAAGAUGACAUGUUUAUCAUAGUGGCUCCUCAGAAUGCUGUUGGGAAUUGUAUUAUUGAUGAUCUAAAAGCAAUGACUGAUGCUGCUGGGGACCGGCCAGUUAUUCUUAUCAAUCCUAGGCUCAAGGAUUUACCUGGUUCCAGUGGUAUCAUGCAAACAAUGGGUCGUGACAAGCGAUUAGAAUAUGCUGGAUCAUUCCAGAAUUGCUAUUUCUUUCGGCUUCUCUAUUAUGCAGGAACCCAGUAUCCAAUUAUGGGUGCUCUCAGGAUGUCUUACCCAUAUCGUUGUGAAUUGUAUAAGAGGAUAGAUGAACCAUCUGGGAAGGAGAAGUAUGUGAUCUUGUCUACAUUUACUGAAAGGCCGACCAUUGAUGAAAUUAAUGAUGCCUUCCAAGGAAAACCAAGAAAUGAAGCUAAGAAUACCUCAGGAAUUUGGGGCUUCUUGAGUGGUAUAUUUUGAGUAGGAGUGUUGCGGUAUAUAUUAUUUCCAUUACAUGUAAAUGUCUUCUUUAUUUGCUAAAGAAAAAUGUAUUGUGCUCUUAUAAUUCUUCCAAUCAGUAAUUAUUAAGUUCCAAUCAUCUAAGCCUUGGGAAAAAAAUCCGGUUAUAAUUGUAUAUCUGGUUUAAAAAAUAUGGGAAAUGUUGCUAAAAGCUCAAAAUGCAUGUUCAUAUAUGACCUUGCCAGUACAUUCAUCAGAGAGUACUGAGGCCUGAGAACUGAAGAAACAUUGUAAAGGUGCAUUUUGCAAAAUUUCUUUCAGAUGUAUGUUGUUAUCUUGAAACUGUGUGUCAAUCUGGAGGUCAAUGGCAAGAUUAUUUUUGUUAGUUGGUA